UGAAGUAAGUACUUAAGAGAGGACUGUUCUGUUGACUGUCAUUUUGCUCACGGAUAGAAGACAAGAAGGAACGCAUUUGUGAAAAAAAACAAGAUGGUAAACAUGAAACUGAUACUUUUGGUGUCUCUGGUGAUAGUUUUCACCGAGGCAGCCCCUCCAAUCAAGAAAGACCAUAAACUCGUCAAACGAUCAUUGUUUGACACUGCCUCGGAAUUUGUUCGCAACAGUAUGAACAGUGUACAAGAGAGCUUUUUAGCCGCCAAGGUCCAUAUAGAGAAUGCCGGCGAAGCUAUGAGGGAGAGUCAUGAAAACGUCAGGGAACAGCUUGACCAACUCGGGGAUCGGAUGAGAAUGCAUCUGGAUUCAGCGAGGGAACGCAUUCAGCAACUUGGCGCCGACCUCAACCUUGGAGAUGACAACGAGGGAGACACUGAACCUGUAGACCUGUCGUAGAUGAGUUUCUUUCUCGACUCUGUUUCCAGUCUUGAUGUUUGUUCCCGCAUCACAUGACAAAAUCUGAACAUUUUAAUUAAAUUUCAUGAUAGUUUUAUUCUGUUUGAAUUUCCAAUAAGAAUGAUGAAUUGAUAUUUGGUUAUAAAGUACAUUUUAUGUGGAAAAGAUGACCAAAUUUAUGAAAUAAACCAAGACUAUAUUAAAAUGACUUGUGUUAUCAGA